GCUCCCAUUCAUUUCCUGAGAACUGCCCUGAGCAGCUGAGAGGAGCAGAGAGGGGAGGGAGUCACACACAGAGAGAGAGAGAGAGAGAGACAGAGAGGACUGUAUAAGGAAGACAGUUUCUGUCGCUCUGCAGCUUCUGGUCAGACGCCAUCAAAAACAGGAUGUUAAUGCUAGACGGAAUGCCUUCAGUCCGAGUCAAAGCAGAACCUCUGGAAUCGGAGCGUGGGUCACCCAAAGUGCACAGUUAUCCUGAUAUGGAGGCCAUGCCAAUUCUUAUAAGCAAAGUGAAGUCGGAACCUCCAGAAGACCUGCUCUCUUCUGACCAGUUCCAGACCCAGACAGAGCCUGUGGACCUGUCUAUCAACAAAGCACGGACGUCAUCUCCUUCACAUAAUGCGUCACCCGUUACAUCGGCCUUCUAUCCGUCCUCUUCUUCAUCGUCACCUUCACCAUCUGUAAUCACCUCCGUCUCCUCGGGAAUGACCUCCGUGCUGACACCUGGGCCCUUGGUGGGAUCUUCUCAAGGAAUUAGGGGCCAGCAAUUUUUGCACAUCAUUCACCCCGUCCCCCCCUCAAGCCCCAGUAAACUACCCAGCCAGGUGCACCGUAUCCCUGUCGUGGUGCAGUCACUGCCCUUUAUGUACACCACAGCAGUACGCUCCCCCUCCAGCCUCAACUCCACCAUAAUGUUCCCUCUACUCGAUGAGGCCAAGUGUCAAGGUAAAGCACAAACAGGCCCCAAUGGUCUGUCGCCAAGACAAAUCAAAAGCGACAGUGAUGAUGACGACCUGCCAAACGUGACCUUGGACAGUGUUAAUGAAACAGGAUCCACAGCGCUGUCUAUAGCACGAGCCGUACAAGACUCCAUGUCACCAUUCAGUAUCGAGAGCAUUCGACGACCACAGCCAUCUGAAUCUCCAGAUUCCAAGAAGAGACGCAUCCACAGAUGUGAUUUCGCAGGCUGUAACAAAGUUUAUACCAAGAGCUCCCAUUUAAAGGCACACCGGAGGACGCACACAGGUGAGAAGCCAUACAAGUGCACCUGGGACGGCUGCACGUGGAAGUUUGCCCGCUCAGACGAAUUAACGCGGCAUUACCGGAAACACACUGGCGUCAAACCCUUCAAGUGCGGGGACUGCGACCGAAGCUUCUCGCGCUCUGACCAUCUGGCCCUGCACCGCCGCAGACACAUGCUGGUCUGAUUUGGGUCUCUUCAACAAUUCACACCUACUUACACACACACAAGGAGAGCUGGGUCUCCCCCAAUAUCGUUCAGCUGGGCUGGACAUCACAGACAUGGCCGUCCCUGCCUGAAAGAGAAAUACAGCGAACAGUGUGAUAGGAGCUCAACGUGGUCCAUUCAGGAAGAGAGGAGGCUCAUCUACAGGCAGCCUGUCAUCUUGAAUUUUGGAUUCCUGGAUGUUCUUGUCUCAAGUGCCGCUUGAGCGCGUCAUGUCUGUUUAAAAGAAUUCUUCACUGGUACAAAUGGUUUGUUUUCCGGGUUUGUCUUUCUGAAUCAUCCUAGUGUUCUUUUUUUAAAGACAUCUACAAUGUGAAGAAAUGCCGAACAGAUUGGAUGUACUUGUUUAUCUGGUCUGGGCGUUGGCCAGGUGCUGGCCAGGAUCACAAAUGGCAAAUAGAGAGAUUGACCAUGAAUAGUAUUGUUGCACAAUUUUAGCAUUUACCUUUUUGUGGAAAAUCAUACGGCAGGAAGAUCGAAGAAGGAUCAGGAGGUCGUGAUGAUGGAUGAGAGAGGCCAGUGAUUCAGAAGCAAGAAGAACAGAGAUGAUCAUCUACAGGUCAACACACCAGCGAAUGACACAAACAACAUAUCAACAUUUUGAUAUAUGCUCAUUUUAUCUUCAGUUACCCCUUGAAACUGAAGGCUUUGAUACACUUCGUAUUGAAUUAGAUUGCUGAAUGAAACAAAGUAUUAUGUUAACAGAGCUAAUAUUAGUCAAUCCGGGUGAUGAGGGUCUGCUCAGACAGGUAAUGCACGGCAGAAGAGCAAUAUUCUGAAUUCCUGGAGGGAGAGCUGGCCUGCACUUCUGUGCUCACAUCAGGUGGCUGACAAGACAGACGAUUUAUAUCAGUGCCACUUUUUUUCUAUAAUUCAAAUACCUCUUCUAUUUAUAGUGGUAACUUUAUACUGUAUGCAGAGGAAGUGAUUUGAAGAUUGAUUUUGGAAUAUGAAGCUAAGAGCAUCUCAAAUGCAAGUGUUAAUAGUCAGUAACAGCUGUAGUCCCAAAUGUAAGAAGCUGGCUUUGUAAAUUCAGCAAAUAGUCAUUCUCAGUUUGACAAAGAUCAGCAAAUCGUUUGACUACAACUUGUCUUUUGGUAAAAGCGUCAGACCGAAUUGACAAUUCCCAAAGUGACCAGUAGAGGGCAAUCAGUGGUGUGAGUUUCAGUCUGAUCUCUGAUAGACCCCACAAUUGUUAUUGUUUGGUGUAUUUCAUAUUUUCUUUAUUUUCAAUGUCCUUUAUGCAGUCAUGCACCCUUGUUGGAGUUCCGUGUUGGAAAGGUUUCAAGAGAUUAAAUGAUUUACUGAGCCAUAUUCAUUGUAAUUAAAAUCUGUACUAAUCUAUAUUUACAACAUACACUACAUGAACAAGAUAUGUCAAAGAAGCAAUACCACACACUUGGGAAUGCAGUUUAUACUUUUACAUACUGAAAUGAAGCCGCUUUAUGUUUAAUGGUGUGUUCGUUGUAUUUGCGCUUUUCACACAAGCUUUCUUCUGCCCUUAUGAUCCAUAAGCACUUUGAAGUGGUUACAAAAGCCACGACGAUCACUUCUCAUAUGACCAGACGUUACCAGAUUUUAAAGCCACUUUACAGUCUGCCUAUGCAUGGCUGACUAAUCUGCACCCUUUUUGUCAUCAACUAAAGGAAAUUUUAGUUAAAUGAAGUGAAAUUAUGUGCAAGGAAAUCUAUCAAAAGCAACAUCUGUUGGAUCAAUUUGUCCAUUCGAGAUAUAACACGAACAAUUUGUUUCUUUCUAUUCUGAAGUACUACAAAGUACCGUGUUGUACGUCCUCAGUAUGUAUUUGUGUACACAUGCGUGUAUUCUGUUGUAUAUGGGCUUGAACAUAACACAAGCACCUUGUUUCUAUGAAGUAAUUAUUUUAAAAUAGACAUGACAUUAAUCUCCAAUGUAUCUUAUCCUAUUUUGUAUUUGAGGUGUGAUGUGAGGCACUUCAUCUGCAUAUGACUAUUUUCUUGUACAAAAAAUACUUUUAAAAAUGUUGUAAUAUAUGUGGAAGUGAAAAAAAUAUCGCUCAGUUUUACAGGCUGUACAUACCUAUUCAAAUAGGGCUUUUUUAAAAUACAAGGGAUUAUCUUUAUACAUAUGCAGAAUUUUCUGAGACGCUGUUUUGGGUUAAUAUAAUAAAGUGUUCAGCUGCGCUGUGUGUGAGAAUGCGGAAGGCUAUGUUGUCUAUAACGCACACGCCCAGUAGUUGCAUGCGUUUUCUUUUGUUUUGAACAAUCAAAUACACACCACAGUAUUCAGGCAGUGAUGCCUCCGUAUAGUACAUCUAACAUUUUUCAGUGUUUUUGUACUGACUGUAAAAUGUGAUUUAAGCGUGAACCCAUUGAAACAAGUCUCCCCUGCACAGUAUUCAAGAGUCAUUACCAACAAAUUUUCAAAUAUAAUUUUUUGUACCACUUGAACUAGACUGUACAUUUAAGUUUACAUGACUUACGCCUCUUCUAUGGCAUUUUUGCAUGAUUUUUGUGGCAUAAUUUUGUAAAGGCAAACAGGGUCAAAAUUAUGCAAUAAUAAUGAGUGCCUAGUAUUAUCAACAUUAUGUCGUACGGUAAGUGUGUGCACAAGUACUAAAAACACACAAGUUCAAGUUGCCUAAAUACCCAAACACAACACAAAAUUCAUUUUGUUUAAUGCACUGAGCCUUUUGUACCAUUCUGAGGUGAAGCUGUGAAUUCCCGGUGUUUGCUGAAGAUUCUGUGUGUGUCUCCUAUGGACACUGCAUAAGAUUUGUAUGGUAUUACUCCCCUGCUUAACCGGACUCUGUUUUACCUCUGACACGUGAACUUAUUCUUCGGUUUCCACAGAGCAGUCCCAGGAACUCGAUGUUAAGACACUGGAGGUAAAACGUUAGUUCUUAAUAAUUCCUCUGUGAACAUUGUUCCCUCUCAAGUCUCUGUAAAAUAUUGAUUUACUUUCUGUAUUUACUUUGGAAUCAGUAUAUUUACUCCAUUGCUUUUGUUUUGUUGAUAUUCUGUAUUGAUCUUGUAUUUAUGUAUAGUGUGUGUAUUGUAAAUAUAUUCAGAGAUUUUUUGGGUUUUACUGUAAAGUUGUGAUAUUUUACCCUACUAUGCUUCAAAGGAAGUCCCUUUACAUUCAGUCCCAUUGGAGGAAGUCACGUCCCAAUCGUUACAAAGUGUGUUUGGUUUCAUUUCGGUUCUUCAGCAGUCGUCUAAUUAUUCUGUGCUUUUCGCUAUUCUCUGUAUUUUCAUUUACCAGAAGAUCGAGCUGUGAAUUGAGGUUACACAUUAUACUUGUUUGAUGAUCUAAUCGGAGGCAUGGAAGUUAAUAAAAUUGCAUUUUGUAUGGAA